UGUGUUGCGGUUUGUCGUGGUGAUUUAUUAGCUUGGGUUAGGUUUUUCUCCUGAUUCUUUAACUUCUCUUCGGCGUCAUGCCUUUACCCUUUCGAAUGUAUUCUCGAGCGUCAUCUUAAGCAGAAGAGUCUACGAUGUUCCACGUUUUGCUGUCACUUGUUACGAUGUAUGUACAUGGUAAAAAAGGAGUUCCAAGCGCUAAGAUCACUAUAGGCCAUCAGAGAACCUGCGGUACAAAGCUGAUGAUCGUGACAUCGGAAAGUAAGCUGAUAUCUCAAAAGGUACAAAUACUUCCUGUCAACAGAUUCCGUUACGGUGGACACGUGCCCGCUAUAGUAUCAGUCUUCGUAGUACAUGUUGGUUUCGCUCGAAUCCCGCCCUAAGAUGUACAUAUAUGUGAUCGAGAUACGAAAUGCCUGUGUCGUCAACGCCUGUGAGGCAAUAAUAGAUUUCAUUGUAUAAAAUAGGACCAUCUCGUAUCAUAAGA